AUGGAAAGAAAUCAUCAGGGAAUGGUUCGCCGUUUCAUAACCAAUUCCCAAACAGAGGUAUUUGUUCUAGGCAAAUUACUGGACGUAAAUCGUACACCAUACCUCGUUAAUUUGAUACACUAUAUUGUAUGGUCAACCAAGGAAAUGAUGGAAGGUAUGAUUGUUGACGGACAAUACCGCGUCGAUAUUACAGGGUUAAAACUGCAACUUGGCAAGGCCUAUUUUAAUAUCGGUAUCGGUACCCAAUAUUCGGCUCAGUGCAGUUUUAUUUCUGCAACGGAAACUACUAUAACUUCUCAAAUUUGCGUCACUUCUGCAACAAGUGGUGAUUUGAUAUGUAAAGCGAAUGCUACAGGCUAUGUUCAUAACCAAAAUAGAGCCAGGUCAAUCCCAAUGGAAGUAAAGUCUGCUCUAGAAGAUGCUUCGCAGAAAAAAAUCCCUAGUACAAGUUUGGCAUCCAAUCACAACUAUGUAUCUUAUCGAACAGUUACCGUUACCAGGCCCAGUGAAAUUGGUGAAGACGGUUGCUAUGUUGAAGUUACAAACUAUAUUAAUUAUUGCAUAGACGGUAUUCAACAAGCAAUUUCAGCAAAUUCCGAUUUUCUAGCUGUAUUGAGACCAGAAUGGUUAACUAAAAUCAGAAGUGUACAAAUCGAAAUCAAUUCGACACUAGUACGAUGCCAAAAACUUACUAUAGACAUACAAUUAUAUACUGGCGAUGGAAUAAUUUGGUGUAAGGUGAUUGACGACAGUCAAGAUAAAACAGCGUCUACGAUGAUAUUUCAAAUUGAUUUAGACCCAAGUAAUACAGUCAGUACAAGUCGCAGAUUAAAGCCAGAGCUGAAAAUUUCCCCGCUAAAUCCAUUAGAGGUUCAAAUUCUUUGUCCUCAAUUGGGCUAUUAUAGAGACAGAUUUCGCAACUGCGAUCUUGGUAAAAUGUUACGCAUUAUAGGUGAAUUACGUAUUGCUUCAUGGCUCGAAGGCUUCAUGGAUUGGGACCAAUUUUUCUGGCGUGCCAAUUAUGGUGCAGUUAUAGCCUCUCACCGAAUAAGAAUAAAACCUAACGUUUAUAAUCUUGAAAAAAAAUCGGAUGUAGACGUAUAUUUAAAACUGUUAGCUAUUGGAAAAUCAUCCUUUUCGAUACGCCACCUAGUAACAGCAAGACAUAAACCAAAAGAACAUCUGAUGGAUAUACUAACGGCACUGGUAUUUACGCAGCAUCUUAAACCAAGACCUCUACAUGCAAAUUUUGCCAACAAAUACGCAAAAUUAGUAGAAGGGCAGAAAAUGCCGAAUAAGAUAAUUCCUUUUGUGAAGAAAUCGCAUAAUACCUUUAGCCAUGUCAUACGUCCGAGAGAAUGCGAAAUUGACACUUAUAGCCACGUUACUAAUGCUGUUUAUGUCACGUAUUGCUUAGAUGCUGCCAGUCUAGCAAUCAGAAAUCGGUCGUCAGCAUAUCGGCUUUAUCAUUUAAAUGACUUCAAUCCUCAGAGUAUUUACCAAAUUGAUAUCGUUUAUGUAAAGCAAGUAAGAAGAGCAGAAGAAGUGAUUAUUGAGACAUGGCAAGAUAAUUCUUCUAAUUUAAAUUUCGAUAUUCGAUAUGCUAAGAAUAAUGAAACUGCUUGCCGUGCUUGCUUUUACCUUGCAAACUCAUCGACACUGCAACCGAAACUAUAA